AUGUUGUGCUGGAGAGCACUUGUUCAGCACUCAGGCUGCUGGGUGUGCACCUUUUCAAUAUAAAAACUGAUGUGAAACAGAACCAGAGCAGGACGUCUGUUAAGAAGAAAACUUCUACACAGCAAUGUAUGGCAAACCUGUUGUUGUUGCUUUGGUUCUUUAUCUGGUCUUAAUGGCAGGGUCAGAAGGUAAGGCCCUGGCGAAGACAAAAGAAAAAGGCUUCCAGUGCCUGUGCAUAAGCACUCAUUCCAAGUUCAUCCCUCCCAAGGCUAUUCAGAAUGUGAGAUUAAGCCAAAGAGGACCUCUCUGCAAAAAUGUGGAAAUCAUAGCUACGCUGAAAAGUGGCAGACGAGUGUGUUUGGAACCCACUGCUCCCUGGGUCCAGCUCACUGUAAAGGCUAUUUUGGCCAGGGCCAGAGACAACACUGAGUCACCAAUCAAAGAAAAGUCAAGGAAAAAUAGACCUUGGAGUUUUUCAAGGAUAUGAAAUAAGAGGAAACACUUGCUGAUGAGAACGUCAAGGAACAGACCCCCCUUCUGCUACAUUACUACAUUUGAUGGGGUUUUUUCCCCCCAAGAUAGUUGCUGAUUCUACUUACUUUCUUUGCUGUGUCUAUCUCUAAAACUCUAUCUGUGAUGCAUCAAGGAAUUCAAGCUCAAUGAAUGUGUUUUAGUGCUGUAAGGACAAGAAUAAAGAAGAGGAAAUUAGUUACCCUUAAAUGGCCUUACUUAACGUAGAAAUAGAAAGGAUACAAUUAGUAAACACAUGAAUAAACAUAUAAUAAGGAAGAGUCUGUGCAGCUUUGAAGGAAGUUUUCUUUUAUGUGUUUGUUACAGUUCUUUGAAGGUGACAACAAGCCUACGGAUGUGGAAGGUCCAACAGGUAUAGUCAAACUGUGUUUCUGAAAUCCUUUCACAACCCUCACCAAACAUUAGAGAUAAUGGGGCUAAGAAAGAAGUCUUGGAAAUGGGUACAUAACAGGUGAAUACAUAGAAAUGAAGGACAGAACGAAAAGGUCAGCUUUUUUUUGAUAAAGGGCCAUCACCCAUGGAUUCCUACACCAGCUUGUGUGAGGUCCUGUUUGGUUUGGCAUAUCCACAACUGGUCUGGGAAGGUCAUUUGCUAUGAGCUGAAGUAUUCUGGUGAUACUAAAUGGAGGGUGGUAAAGACUAGGCUCAACUAUGAAGAACUGCAGAAGGACCUUAGGAGACUCACUGAGUA